GAAACCUGUUCACCUGGUGAGAUGAACGCCUCGUUGUGUCUCUAGUGGCGAAGGCGUUUAUCGCAGUUCGCCCCACGGGUGAGCGGAACCACUGCUUGGUGUCCAGAACCCAGAGGUGGGUUCGAUACGUGUCUGUCCACGUGUCUGUCCACGUGGAGGUGCUGUGUUUUCCGUUGUGAUUACUUUAUGCAGCUCAUUCAAACCAGUCAUCGUCCACUCUCCGAUGGAAGGAGCUCUUCUCCAGACCCGCUCCGCUCCUGUUGGGAGCGACGCCAUCUGCUGUGGGACUUUACUGCUGGAGAUGUCGAUAUGAGAAACUGGCCUGAGAGGGCGGGACCUGGGAGCGGCAGCCAAUCAGCGCCGCAUCCGCCAGCGCGCCGGCAGGCACCCAGCUGGAGCGCGUCCAGCUGAUCAGCCCGAGCUCUGUUUACUUUCCUGUCUGGCACCGAGUUGUGCUGGAGUGACAGGGCUCCAGCGGCAGCUCCCGAGCUACACAGAACGAACAUGAAGCUCCUCGAUGAGCGGAUCUGGCCGCUGUUCAAACGCCACUGGCGGCAAACGCUCACGUACUGGAGCGUGUUCUUCAGCUUCGGCCUGUGCAUCGCGUUCCUGGGACCCACCGUCCUGGACCUGAGGUGUCAGACCCAGUCCACGCUGCAGCGCAUCACCUGGGUGUUCUUCUGCCAGCAGCUCUUCCUGCUCGUGGGCAGCAGCACGGGAGGUCUCUACAGGAAAACGCUGCGCCGCUCGCUCGCCGCCCUCCUCUGCUGCACUCUCACCAUCUCGCUGGUGUUCGCCAUCAUUCCGCUGUGCCGCCAUGUGGCGCUGCUCUCCGUCGCCAUGGCGAUGGCAGGCACCGCCAUGGGGGUGAUCGACACCACCGCCAACCUGCAGCUGGUGAGGCUGUACCAGAAGGACUCCGCCGUGUUUCUGCAGGCUCUGCAUUUCUUUACGGGCCUGGGAGCGCUGGUCAGCCCCCUGGUGGCCGACCCCUUCCUGUCAGAGGGCAACUGUGUCCAGGGCGCCAACUGGACGACCAACUCGUCCUCUGCGUGGGACCUGCAGCACCUGCGCAGCAGCCUGGUGGGUCAGGGAACGCCGCUGCACAACAUGUCCCAGUAUCCUCUGCACACGGACGGGGUGGUGGUGACCAGGGUGUCCUUCGCCUUCUGGAUCAUGGCCCUCAUCAACCUGCCGGUGCCUGCAGCCGUGCUCGCUCUGAUGCGCUACGAGAGGCUGGUGCCGUGCAGCAGCAGCCAGCGCCUGCUGGACGGGGAGCAGCUGUCCAGCGCUGGCGACGGGGCCCAGGGACACGUCAGUUUGCUUGUUUGCUGUAACUUUGCCAAACUUGGGGGCCGCCCUGCCAGCUUCUUCGUCAUCCACGCUCUGGGCGGGGCCAUCCUCUUCAUCACUGACGGGAUCAUAGGCUCCUACGCCGGCUUCGUCUACACCUACGCCGUGUCCCCUCCGCUGCUGAUGGGCCACCGGGCCGCCGGAUGCCUGGACAGCGUAUUCUGGGCCUCGAUCACUGCAGGGCGGCUGGCCUCCAUCUACCUGUCCUGUAGAUACACUGCACCCAGGCUGCUCACCUUCAGUCUGACUGGCGUCAUACUGGUGCAGUGUUUGCUGAUCAUCUUCUACACCAGCUCCGUGUUUCUGUUCGUCGGCACGUGCAUGUUGGGCCUGUGCAUCAGCAGCGUGUUUCCCUCCAUGCUGGCCUUUACAGAGGACAUGCUGGACUACAAGGGUUGUGCCACGACGGUCCUGGUGACCAGCGCCAGCACAGGAGAGAUGAUCCUGCAGCUGCUGGUUGGGUUGGUCAUCCACAGUCAGGGCAGCUACUCCUUCCUACUGUCCUGUACAGUCUCGUCCUUCAUUGGCUUCGGGCUGUUCCUGCUCCUCCUCUACGUCCAGCGCAUCCACAGAAGCUGCCAGUCAGACUCGUGUCAAGACACAGACCUCAAAGAGAGGCCACAGACCGGAGGCUCGUGACCAAUGGAUCUGUGCAAGACCCGACGACACUGGGAACAGAACGACCCAAAGGAAACUUCCUGCAUGCAGCUGGACUCUCUUCAGCCAAAGCAGAGGUCCAGAGAGACCGGUGCUGAAUUAAAUCAUCUCCAGCACAUUACAACUCACAUAUAGAUUGAAUGGAGAUACUUCUGAAUCAGGAUUUGCCUCAUCAGUAUAACUGUAGAAUGUGAUAAACACUAGACGUUUUGUUGCUAGUGAAGACCCACAGCCAAUAACACGUCAUGUUUAGUUGGAGAUCUUUUAUUAUUGGUCUCACCUAAAGUACGUCUUCCAUUAUAAACACCUCCUCCACACCUCGCACAUCGAUACGCCACUUAAGACAAGCAGCUUGUAAACAUUUCAAAUAGCGUCAAACAAAUAGAGCUGGACAGAACAAAACCAAAAACUGCAUUAUUUCCUUUUAAACAGAACUUCACUACAUGUGAGGGUAAGUAAGGAUACAAAACGAAGAGAAGGGUAAGAAUGAUCGGUCCAAAAAAAGGCAGAGGAGGAAAGUUGUGAAUGGGCUUUGGGGACAUUUUCCAGCUUUGUUAAAGUGUUUUAAUUAAAGGUUCUGCAAAAAUGCUUUAGAAGCAAUCAAGUCUACUGGGCUCGACUCUAAAAUCAAAUAAAUAAAUAUCAUGUGAUAGUGCCUAA